CUUUACGCACAUAUAUACAGAUGAAAGUUUUAAAGUUUUUACAGCUAUGCUAGUAUGGGCUACAUUUAUCUCUAACUGUUGGGCCUUUCCUGUACCAAUAAACAUGAAAAGCUCUGUGUGCUGCACAGUGAUUAUUUGUGAAAAUCAUACAUAUCCAUCCAUCCAUCCAUCCAUCCAUCCAUCCAUCCAUCCAUCCAUCCAUCCACCCAUCCACCCAUCCAUCCAUCUGUGAACUCUUCACUUUGUUUCAUCUAUUCCUCCCAAAUUAAAAUCAGAAAGACUGAAUAUUAAUCAGAAAAUCACUGAUGGUUUUUCUGCAUCAGUUUUAGUUACAAGCAGUGACACAGCACAGCUGAGACAUCAAGUCCCCAAUCCGAAAUCUACACACAGCUGCAAAGCUUCUUGUGUUGUUAGGUUUCUCUGAAGACAUUUUAGUAAAACCUGCUGAAGACAUUCUUCUUUCAAACAAGUUUUACCUUAACAGGUUUUUAAGUACCAUUGAUUUAUAUCAAUUAACUGUUUUGGUCUUUUUUAAUAACGUUUUAGCUGAAUGUUUUAAUUUCUAUUUUGUAUCUUUAUGGAGCACGUUAUGAUUUUUAAUCUGUGAAAGAUGCCUCACAAAUAAAAAUAGCUUUCUUAUUUACAAAAUACCAACACACUUUUUGGUGUGCUCAUGCUCAUGUCAAAUGGUUUUCCGUCUGAAAACCAUUUGAUUAUUACUCCUCAACUUCACCUUUAUGAGCUAAUUUUUGUAAAUCUAUGACAGAGUCCCUCAACACAGUAAAGUGGAUGGUUGUUGUGUCACAGAAUAACGGUAACGGUUCUAAUGGUAAGAACACAAGUGCAAGGAGAUUAUAUGCUUUAUUUUUAUUUUUUUUUCUUCAAAGUAAACUGUGACUCUCAGAUGAUCUUGGGAUCGACCGACUCAGAUUUGAAAAGGGUUGGCAGAAGAAAUGAUUGUUUUUCUUCAUUUUUAUUUUAUGUCUUCAGGGCUACCAUGCUGUAAUGGUAGCCAGGAAUACUAAUUCACCAGUGAGUGGACAUUAAAUGGGCUCCAUAAAUAAAUUUAUCCAAAGGUCUACAGCAGAGGCUGUCUCUUUGAAAAAGUUAGCAAUGUCAUAUUUUUCAAGUGGAGAAAUAAGUGUGAAACUGACAAAUCCAGCUAAAGAGAAAUGUCUGUCAAUAAGGGUGUCUGUCUGCUUAAUUUGAAGACUUAAAAAGAUUAAAAUCAAGACGUGUAAAUCCUUAUGAGCAAUGAUCUGGCCUCCGCUGUUAAUGAAGAUUAGUUUACAAUUAGUAAUGAGCAAUAAACCCUUGAAUAGACUUGCAGAAUGAGCAUAAAGAUUUUAUGUAUUAAAAAAUAAGAGUGAACUAUUGUGUGCAAAAAAUAAGGUUUGGUGCAAAUAACACAACCAGUGUGUUCAAAGACCAAAUCGUACUGCUUAUUGGCAAGAAAUGCCUUAAAAGUACCACAGAUCUCCAUGUCUAUGGUAAAGCCAGUCUGAUAUCAUUUUGCAUAUUUGAAAAUGGAAAUAUUGCACGUGUUUCUCCUAUUUUUUUGUACAACUCAAACGAAAGACUUUAAUGUGUCAUCUCCGAUAAGUUAUUUUAGUAAAUGUGUUAUUUACUUCAGCUGCCUUUUUAACUUCAGAAAAAGCAGAACUGAAAAUCAGUUCCUUAAUCUUGUCAUGUGGGUGGGUUAAAUCUGAGGGAAGAACACGAAGCGAUAAGGGGAAAACCUGUAGAGCGUAGAUAAGAAAAUGAAGAUGGCUGGAGCAGAUCACUAGUAUAAAGGAGAAACUUUAAAAUGUACUCUGUUCAGUUGCUUGUUAAUACAAACAACAAAUCAGGCAAUCACACUGAAGGUACUUUUCACAUUUGGUUAUCUAGAUGGGGUUAGGACAUUUGGUUUAGUUUAAAGUCAGAAUCAGAAUGGGGAACAAAGAGGAUUUUCUUCCCACAUAGGCUGGUCUUAUUAGGUCGGAAACUACUGAUCUACUCAAAGUUUUUACAAACAGUUAUUGCUCCAAAUGGGAAAAAAAAAGCUGACAUCAGAAAAGAAUAGGCAGACUAGUUGAGUAUGAUUGUAUGGAAAGAUUACCUCCAUCCACUCCUUGUUCUAACCGAGGUUGGUGGACUGUCACCUGUGAACUCACGAUACACUGAAUCUUGAAGCAGCUCGGCUACAGCAGCAGGAGCAAAAGGUGCUAGCGGAUCAAUGCUGCUGCUGAAGAGCUGCCAGAGCUUUUCACAAUAUUUAUCUAGAUCACUGACGUUGCCUUGGAAACCAUUUCCCUAUUACAGAAAAAUAGGUAGCUACUGAACCAAAAUAUGGGCUUUGACUGUUUCAUCAUGACUCAGGUCUUAGUGACCCCGUUUAAGUUGGUCACAAUUACAGCUGGAAGUCCUUUGGUAUGUCAGCUUUGCACAUCUACAGUCUUACAUUUUGCCCAAUAUUCUUUACAAAAUCACUCAAGCUCAGUCAGAUUGCACCACUGCAGCUAACAGUUGUUUGUCAUGGGUCUUAAUUGAAUAAGCAGCUUCAAACUGUUUCUAUUAGUAGAUCUGUUGGAUCUACAGAGGCAGACAGAGUGGGAACUGAACCAGCAACCAACUCCUACCAACAUCACCACCACCGUCCCGUAAUCCUGUUUGAAUUAAAAUAUACAACACUUGCUCAGUUUUAUUGCUACGCAGUCAUGCAACUCUAAUUCAGGAGUCAAAAGUACUUUGGUGAAUUAGCCAAGCAUGAAAUGCAUUAGUGAUAUUUAGGGGAUGUGUGCUUCUCACUGUUGUCAUGGCUAAAAAUCAACAGUGAGACAGGAAAACCCAGCUUGGUUAGUAUUUGAAUGCUUUAUAUAAAAAAAGAAAAAUCAGGCCUUAAGUUCAUGCUAGAGCAGACUUGACCUUCAGGCAUGAGCUGAGGAAGCGUAGCCAUGACCUGAACUCAUCAUUGUUCCAUUAUAACAUCACAGCCUGUGUAGGAGUCAUGAUGUUUUAUAUGAAAAUGCCACAACAGAGACUCAAGAUGAUCCACACCAAAUGUCCAAAAUGUCUCGGUCUAAGUCUAAGCCAGUCGUCAUCCAGAACCAGUUAUUUUUUAAACACACUCUUUUCUGCAAGGUAACUUGUAAUAAAGACAGCCUUGUAAAUAAUUAUUUCAGUAUUUAUUUUUAGCUGGUAUUCAGUCACACAGAAACUGUUCACAACAAUCUGGGAUCACAACUUUACCAUGUCUCACAAUUUACACAUUCAAAUGAAAAUAUUCAAAUGAAAAAGGUUUUCAUAGUGAGUCAACAGAUGUGAUUGGGUUUUAUCUAGAGUGCUGUCUAUUGUUUGCCUUUUUGCAUUUUCUUUUUGUGUUAUCUUCUAGCUGAAGCAUGAACACAGCUGUGUCUCAGACAAAUAAACGGGGGAAAAAAAAUUGCAGCAUUUUCUCUCAUGGCAGCAGAUUGGUUCCUUCCAAGUGUGAACUGAAAGCAUUGUCUCACCAAUUUAUAAACAGCUUGAAUGAUGUGACCCUGUUUUUAUUCAACUGGGGCUGAGAUCAGGACAGCGCCUCUCUUAUCAGAUUUCAACGCUGAGGAUCAUUUUAGAACACCAACACGUGAACAAGAUGGAAAAAGUUAGGAGGCUCAUUUUCAUUUUGCUUUUGGUUGGUAUUUGCAGCCCUGCGCUUGGAGAAAAGUGGACGGCCUCUGUUGUAAAAUCUCUUGAAGCCGUAGUCGGCUCCUGUGUUGUGCUGCCCUGUUCGUUCAACUAUCCUGGCAAAUUACUCCCUACCUCCAGACUGAGAGGCAUCUGGCAUCGUAUUAAGAAAGACGAAGAGAUUGUGUACAGCGAGGAUAACACAAAGGUCUUAGAUAGUUUUAAGGGUCGAACAAACAUGUUAGGAAAACUGGGUGAUAAGAACUGCACCUUGGAAAUAACAGACGUUAAAGAUCAUGACAACGGUCCAUUCUGCUUCCGAAUCGAACUUGUUAAAACUCAUGACAACAAAGAAACCACUGAAAAGUACUCCUUUGUUGAUGAAUGUGCUGAGUUAAAGAUGCAGAGAGAUCCUCCAGAACCUGAACUUUUUCAGUCAAACACAGCUGUUCAAGGAAAACCUUACGCCGUCACCUGUUCAGUCCGUCAUACCUGCCCAUCACAUGUUCCUGUGUUCACAUGGAGUCGAGGAAGUAAAGAUGACGUUAUCCAUAUUCAAAAGCCCGUUCUCUCUGGGAUCUGGGAGACACAGUCCAUCAUGGUGUUUAUUCCUGAGGAAAAGGAUGACCACACUCAAAUCACCUGCACAGCAGCAUUUAAUGGAGGAAAAGUAAAAUCCAGAUCUAUUCAACUCAAUGUAAAACGUAUUGGAAACAUUUAUCACAUCAUGAUUCCAGUCGCAGUGGCCAUUGGCACGGCUGUGAUCUUCGGAGUCAUCUGCACUGCUGUGAUGAAAAAGUACAAGAAUCGGAUUGCAGAGCUUCAGAGUCGUGAAGGAAGCAUGUUCAACAGGCUGUCCAGGAUGUCUCGCAGGUUCCAUUCCAGUGGCCAGUGACUUUGUGGUCAUAAUCCAGUGCAAGAAACUUGAGCAAAUGAUGACCAGCACGUAGAUGUUCACAUUUUAAUUUUCAUUUAUAUCCAUGAGAAUGAUUUUUGCUUUAGGAGUCAUGCCUUGUUUUCAAUUAUUACUACUAUUGUACUUUAAAUCAGCGAAAAUUAUUUGUUGUGAUUUUUCUAUCAAAAUUGUACAAAAAUGAACUUAUUCCAUUUUCAUAAAGUUGUGU